AUGCUAGUGAAUGCUAUGUGGUAUGGUAGGGUACCAUCCAAACCAUCAGGAUCAGCGUUUAGCCUUGGUCCAUUGUCUCUAAGCCCUGAACAGAUUGGUGUUGGAGUGAUGGCUAACUUUAUAGUAUUUCCACCUACUUUCUUGAUGAUCACUCUCUUCAGAAAAACCCGCCUACGUACAUUGAGACCAUCACAUGUUACUGAAGCUAUCAAAAAGCAGCAAGCGUCAAAGAAAAAACUAUCUACAUUUUCACGCCCUGGUUCUGCUGCAUCCGGUACAACACUAAUAUUGGAUGACAUUUCUCAAGAUGAUGAAUCACGUCGGGAGAAUCGCUUUGUCAAGCAAAAGAAGAAGAAGAAGUUCUUGUUUCCAUGGUGGUGUCGCAUCAUUGCAUGGUUAUUGGCAGUUUCAAGUAUUGUUGUAUCUUGCUUCUUCCUGUGGGCCUAUGGUGUGCAGUUUGGAGAUGAAAAAACGAAGAAAUGGAUUACAUCCCUCCUGGUCUCAUUCUUUAGCUCUAUUCUAGUUACUCAACCAAUUAAGGUAUUCCUAGUGGCAAUGUUCUUUUCUGCUAUUUUCAAAAGUGUUGAUACGGAAGAUGAGGAUGAAGAUGAUGAAGAACCUCCAGAACUUGCCCCUGACGAAGAAUGGCUGCACAGAGAAUCAGAAACAAAAGAAGAUAAGCGCAAACUGCUGUACAAACCAGCAGAUAUGGCCAAAAUGGAAAGAGCAAAGCUGGAAAGGAUAAAAGAGUUACAAAUGACUGCAAUUUUGAAAGAAAUAAUUUCUUAUGCCUUUUUUAUCUGGAUUUUAACUAUUUUGAGUUACGGAAAUAGAGAUCCCAGUGCCUAUUAUUUAAGACAAAAUUUGAAGGAUACUUUUAUUCGAGAAGGAGAUUCAAACAUAGAUUUCAUGGGUAUAACCUCCACUGCUGAUUUUUACAAAUGGACUCGAGAAGUUCUCAUACCAGAAUUAAUUGUUGGUAAAUGGUACAAUGGCGAUCAGCCUUUUGGCCUCCGAGGUUUCUUAAGUGAUCGUGUGAACAGAAUAAUGGGGUAUGGGAUGCUCAGACAAGUUCGAAUAAAAGAGCGAUCUUGUAAUGUGGACAGAAGAGUGAAAACUCUCACAGAGGUAUGUCGCUCUCAUUCAAAUAUCAUUUAUGAAGACAAGCAAAGUUAUGAGCCUGGCUGGAAAGUUCUGGCACGAAAUGACACGAAUGAUGAAUACCGCUAUCGAACUUCCAAGGAACUGAAUGGGCUGCCGUUCUGGGCCAUUAGAGAUGUUUAUUCAGGAGGUGGAUAUGUGUUCCCUCUACGUGGGACACAUGAAAAGCUCAAGGAGGAAAUGUUUCACCUUGAGAAAAGUGACUGGAUUGAUGAGAAAACUCGAGCGGUUUUUGCUGAAUUUUCGGUCUACAAUGCUCAAGUGAAUCUUUUUGGCGUAAUGACAAUCGUUGCCGAGUUUUUGCCCGGAGGAGGUGUAGUUCCAUUUUAUCGCCUUGAAGUAAUUAGACUCAUGAGAUACCAUCAAGGGUUCGGUGCUUUUGUUUUGGCUUGUGAGUUGGGGUACGUCAUUUAUACUUUAUAUUUUCUGGUUCGUGAAUUCAAAAAGUUUAGGCUGGAAGGCAGAGAUUAUUUCAAAUCUUAUUGGAACUGGGCUGAAGUAAUAGUUAUCAGUCUUUCUAUCAGUGCUAUAGUAUUUUAUUCCUACAGAAUGCUGGUAACCAGAAAGAUAUUAUCCACAUUUGAGAAAACACAUGGUAACGGAUAUAUCAAAAUGCAGUAUGUUGCUUCAGUUGAUGAAGUGUUUGGUUUCUUAAUGGCUUUCCUUAUGUUUAUUGCUAUAUUAAAAUUUAUUAAAAUUCUUCGUUUCAACAAACGAAUGGGUAUUUUGUACAGUACUCUUGCUCUUUGUGCGAAAGAUCUCAAAUCAUUCUUUGUAGUGUUUGGAAUUAUUUAUCUUGCUUUUGUACAAUUUUUCUACUUGGUAUUUGGCUUUACGAUUCGAGAGUUCUCAUCAUUCGUCACUGCUGCUGAAUCCACCUUUGCCAUAAUGAAUGGUGGUGGAUUCGAUUUUGAUGCCAUUUGCCUCGCAGCUCCGAUACUUGGUCCCUUGUCAUUUUUCAUAUUCUGCCUCACUACCACAAUAAUUUUGUUGAACAUCUUCGUUACUCUCAUUCUGAGCGCUUUCCAGGACGUCAAAGUAGAUGUCGACAAACAGGCCAAUGAUUACGAGAUAGUCGAUUUCAUGUGGAAGAGGUUGAAAGGUUUCUUCUUUAUAUUUGAUGAUGACAAGCCUAAAAACGAUGAUGAUUUUGACAAUGACGUGAAACCGAUCUUUGGCAUCGGCAGCGGACUUGGUCCAAAUGCAGACAAAAUACAAGAUUUUCCAGAAAAGGUUGACCGGCUUUUGAAUCACAUCAACUCAUUUUAUUUUGAUGGCCAGCUAGACCUCAACAGCAAGAAAGCUCUCAAAAGUUUAUACAAAAAGGAUGAUGAUAAUGAUUACGAUUUUGGGAUGAAAACAACCAAAUCAAAGGCUGAUAAAAUGUCAUUUAUGAGUUGGAACCGUUAAAGGACAACCAGAUUUUUUUUUUCUCAGAACACUCACUUGUUCCAAAUAUAUAAUUUCCUUUAAAAAAUCAGAAAAGUAACCUAAAUUGGAUGUUUUUUCCUUUUAACAGGGUAGUGAUUUUUCUGUUAUUUCAUUCAUAGUUCCUUCAAACACAUAGCUAUCUGUUUUCAUGUUAUAAUCUCACUUGGUUUAGUCAAGCAGGACUUUUUUUCCUAUUUGUAAAUUCCCAAAAUAUGUUUAUAAUUGUUUUAAUUUUUAGAGUAUACGCACAGAACCAAAGACGAUUUUAAAUAUUGUUAUCCAGUCAUAUAUUUAGUCAUAUUACAUAAUUAGAAUGUACUUUUAUAAAGUGUAUGAUUAUUGAAGAUGAAUAUUGUGUUUAGAAAUGACAAAUAAAAU